AUGGAGGAUUCCACCAGCAAGUUCAUCCCAGAAUAUCGUCGUACAAACUUCAAAAACAAGUCGCGUUUUCAAAGCGAUGAGUUGAGACGGCGUAGAGAGACCCACCAGGUGGACUUGAGAAAACAAAAGAGAGAAGACGUCUUGGCGAAGAGAAGAAACUACGUUGAUAUGGGCAGCAUGGCCAACGAUUCCGAGGAGGAGGACGAUGUAGAGAACCUUGCGCCUGGCAUUAGAGAGGAUUCCUUCCUUGGCAAAUUGCAACUGGAGCUUCCCAAAAUGAUGGAGAUGAUCCACCUGGAUCUGUUUGAGAACCAGUUGAACGCUACGAUUCGUUUCCGCCAGAUCUUGCUGCGUGAGCACAACCCACCCAUCGACCUCGUUAUCCAGCUGGGCGUGAUACCUACCCUUGUGGAUUUCAUGAAGGAGGGCCAGCCCGACAUGUUGCAGUUGGAGGCGGCAUGGGCCCUUACCAAUAUCGCUUCAGGAACUAGUGACCAGACACGCGUUGUUGUGGAGCUGGGCGCGGUGCCCUGCUUCGUGCAAUUGUUGUACUCUCAGUCGUUGGAAGUCAAGGAACAGGCUAUCUGGGCAUUGGGUAACGUGGCUGGUGACUCUACUACUUACAGAGACUACGUGUUGGAGAGCGGAGCCAUGGAGCCUGUCUUGAGCCUUUUCAAUACGACCAAGAUGUCGUUGAUCCGUACAGCCACAUGGACGUUAUCCAAUUUAUGCAGAGGUAAAAACCCUCAACCGGAAUGGUCAGUGGUGCAGCAGGCCAUUCCUACUUUGGCAAAGUUGAUCUACUCUGUCGAUGCUGAGACUUUGGUCGAUGCGUGCUGGGCGGUUUCUUACUUGAGUGAUGGUCCAUCUGAGGCUAUCCAGGCGGUCAUUGAUGCUCGUAUUCCUCAAAGGUUGGUGGAUUUGUUGGACCACGAGUCCACCUUGGUGCAAACGCCUGCCUUAAGAGCGAUUGGUAAUAUCGUUACUGGUAAUGACAUGCAAACCCAGGCAAUGAUCAAUGUGGGUGUGUUGCAGCACUUGGCCCCAUUGUUAAACUCGCCAAAGGAAACAUUGCGUAAGGAAGCUUGUUGGACCAUUUCGAAUAUCACUGCGGGUAAUGCCGAGCAGAUCCAGGCAGUCAUUGACCUGAACUUGAUCCCACCUAUAGUGCGCUUGUUGGCUCAAGGUGACUACAAAACCAAGAAGGAGGCUUGCUGGGCAAUUUCCAAUGCUUCUUCUGGUGGCUUAACCAACCCAGAGCAGAUAAAGUAUCUAGUUGAACAGGGGUGCAUCAAGCCGUUGUGCGACUUGUUGGCAGUGGCCGACUCCAAGAUAAUCGAGGUCACGUUGGACUCCUUGAUGAACAUCUUGAAGGUGGGUGAGUUGGAGAAGGAAAAGAAUCAAGGCACGACCAACGAAUACGCUAUUCACAUCGAGGAAGCCGGUGGCAUGGAAAAGAUCUUCAACUGUCAGGCCAACUCCAAUGUUCAUAUCUACAACAAAGCGUAUACCAUUAUCGAGAAAUACUUUGGGGAGGAAGACGACGAUGGCAACUUCGAAAACGGGUUGCAACCAGAAGCUUACGGAGACACGUUCGGCUUUGGUGUGCAGAACAACCAAAACUUCCAAUUUUAA